AUGGCCUCUAUGUCAGCGAGUGGUGAAGGUGAGCAAUUUGUGAAGCGGGCACGGAAAGUGAUGUCCUUGGAAACAAAAUUGGAGUUGUUGGAUCGUUUAGCAGAUGGAGGGACCCUGCGCGCCCACGGCCGCGCCCACGAGCAGGAGGCGGCGCACAAGUGCGAGGCCUGCGGGCAGCGCUUCCCCGGCGCCGCGCGCCUCGCCGCCCACCGCCGCCGCGCCCACCUCGAGCCCGAGCGGCCCUACCGCUGCGACUACCCCGGUUGCGAGAGGACUUUUAUCACAGUGAGUGCAUUAUUUUCUCAUAAUCGAGCCCACUUCAGAGAGCAAGAGCAGUUCUCCUGUUCUUUCCCUGGCUGUAACAAGCAGUAUGACAAAGCCUGCCGACUGAAAAUCCACAUGAGAAGUCACACAGGAGAAAGGCCUUUUAUCUGUGACUUUGAGGGCUGUGGCUGGUCUUUCACCAGCAUGUCCAAGCUACUAAGACAUAAAAGGAAGCAUGAAGAUGACAGGAGGUUUACAUGUCCUGUAGAAGGUUGUGGGAAAUCCUUCACAAGAGCAGAACACUUGAAAGGCCACAGUAUUACUCACCUUGGUACAAAACCAUUUGAAUGCCCGGUGGAAGGUUGUUGUGCAAAGUUUUCUGCACGCAGUAGCUUGUAUAUUCAUUCUAAGAAACAUCUGCAGGAUGUGGAUUCCUUGAAGACCCGUUGCCCUGUGUCCAGUUGUAAUAAAUUGUUCACAUCCAAGCAUAGCAUGAAGACGCACAUGGUGAAACAGCACAAUUUCAGUCCAGAUCUUUUAACCCAGCUUGAAGCAACCUGUUCUCUCACACCUAGCAGUGAACUGACCAGUCCAGGACAAAGUGACCUCAGCAACAUAGACCUUGUGUCACUUUUCUCCAACGUGUCUGGCAACAAUUCUGGAAUUUCAACAGACAUGGCACUCGUGAACUCUGGGAUAGUUACUAUUGAUGUUGCUUCAGUGGGUUCCACACUUGGAGGAAAUCUUCCUGUCAGUAGCAGUUCCCUAAAUCAGACUGUUGACCCUUUGAUACUGGUGGCUGGUAAUGAUAUUCCACAAAGUCUGGACAGUUCUCUCUUGCUGGGAACCCCUACUACAGUUCUGCAGCAAAGCACUUUAAAUCUGGACGAUGUACAGACUGUAAAUGCAGAAGCCUUGGGCUCACUAGCAUCUUUAUCAGUGAGGAAUUCCAGUCAAGAUAUGCAUGGUUUGACAUCCAGCAAUAAUCUAACAAUAGACACUGCCACUUUGACCCCGUCCAGCAGCCUGGGUGGAAGCAACGUGCCUGAGUUACUCACUCCAACAAAGGUUGAACGAAAUUUGCUUCCCAAUUCAGAUGUUGUUGGCCAACAGGAAGGCAGUAAAGUCGUGACACAGUUUGUAUUCUCCAACCCCCCAGGAAGCUACAGUGCUCAGAAAGAAAUGGACCUUAGCACAGUGACUGGCAGUUCUUUUUUGGAGAGUGGUGGAUCUGCAAGAACAGACUACAGAGCUAUCCAGUUAGCCAAGAAAAGAAAACAGAAAGGGAAUGGCAGCAGUACAGGGGCAGCAAACUCUGGCCAGAGGAAAAGUAAAGGUGGCAAAGUCAGUCCUACCAACUUCUCAUCUUCCAGUCAUGGCAGUCGAAUGGGAGGCAAUGUUGUUUUGCCAAAUGGAGGCUUAACAAUGAGGGACCCAGCCACUGGAGCACAGUACGUGCAAAUUCAGUUACUUCAGGAUGAUCCCCCAGGAGAAGGGGACUUGCCCUUCCAGCUCAGCUCUCAAUCCUCCACAUCACAUUCUCAGCUUACAGUAGACUUGCCUGUUCACAUACUGCAGGAGCCACACAACUCAACAGAAGAUGAUGCAGGUUCUGAUAAUUCUCAGUUCACCGGAAGCACAAUUAAUUUACAGGACCUGGAAUGACUGUUGGGAAUAGUCAUUUAAAAAAAAAUGGUGCAAUCAUGUCUUAGCCAAGUGAAAAUAGGUUGUUAGAGAUUUUCAAAGAAGAUAUGGAAAAUAGGAAUACCUGAUUGAUAACAUCCUUUUUGCAGUUUGGUUAGAAUUGAAAGAUGGGGGGGAAAAUUCAGUAAAUCCUACUUGAUGUGCCUGUGUAAGAUAUCUUUUCUGUCUUGAGAUCAGAAAGACACCGGGCAGAUUUUUUUUUUAAUAAUGUUAUAGAGGAAAAGUGCCAUAAGUGUUCUAACUGUGGUGAUAUCCAUUGCUUUCAUGGGAAAGCAGGCAUUGCACAGCUAAUGAACAAAUUCAAGUUUAAAAUCUUGCCUAUGACCAGUUUUGACCUCUUUCUCUAUUGGGGAAAGCUCUCUCUAACUGGAAACAGGGUGAACAGGAAGUAUUCAGAGUUAGUCUUGAAGUUGGUUUCCCCCCCAGC